CUCAGAGAGCCCUCUGUUAGUUUGUCACGGCUUUUUGUUUCUCCUCCUGUCAUCUACAAGCGCACAACUCAACUUUGGGUAUUUUUUACCUGGUGAGGUAAUCGGUCGGAUCACUUUUACUUAUUCGACAAGAUGUCGUGUGGUCACAGCUUUUUCACUGUGUUUGUGCUGCUUCAAGUGUUUUCAACAACAGGAGGUGCUCUCUAUGGUCACGGGUUGAUUCGUUGCCAGUUUAGUUCCUACGAUGGUCACGAUGCUUUGUAUCUGGAACAGUACCUCUUCAACAAGGUGCUGGUAGCCCAAUACAACAGCACCUUGGGGAAAAUGAUUGGCUUCACAAAGAAAGCAAAAGACUUGGCAGAUGGGCUCAACAAGAGUCCACUUUUUGUGAGGACACAGAAGUGGAAAACAGAACUCUGCAAAAGUAACGCUCCACUAGCAUAUAAUAACCUCCUGAGCCCAGUCGAGCCCUACAUAGACCUGAGGUCAGUUAAAGCGACAGGUGGCAAGUAUCCAGGCAUGCUCAUCUGCAGUGCAUACAAUUUCUAUCCUAAACAAAUCAGAGUGACGUGGUUGAGAAAUGGAAAAAAGGAUACCUCUGAUGUGUCGUCCACGGAUGAGUUGCCCAAUGGGAACUGGCUCUACCAGAUCCACUCCUAUCUGGAGUAUACACCUACACCUGGAGAAAGGAUAUCCUGUAUGGUGGAGCACGCCAGCCUCAUGGAGCCCAAGGUUACUAACUGGGACCCAUUGCCUGAUUCAGUGGUGAAUAAGAUCUCUGUUGGGGCGGCAGGCCUGCUGCUGGGUCUGGUGUUUUCAGUUGGUGGACUGAUUUACUACAAAAAGAAAUCUGCCGGGCGGACGCCGGUGCCAACGACUGAUGUUUUAUAUCCAGACAACACACUUUAAGUCAGCGAAGCCUGUGGGAAGAGAAUACAACUGAUGUUGAAGCUAAUGGAAAGUCUCUGAAAUGAUUCACUGUUUGUCCUUUUUGUCUAUGUACAGUAGAUGCCUAAAUGGUGUAUUUGUUCAUACAGUACACUAUAAAAUGAAUUUGACUGUUCAGUCUCAGAUAACAAUGCAAACCAGUUCCUACAUUGUUGCUGUCCUGUUCGUAUAACAAACGUGUACAGAAAACAGCUGACCCAUAUUCAUUUAUCUGACUGUUUUCCUCAAUGAAUGUUUCUCUCAUAAAUAUAUUUUAUAGCUAUGGACAUAACUAUGUACCUAAUGUGUGGUGUCUUUUUAGUUUAGUUUUUUUUUUUUUUUUUUUUUAAUUUCAGUGUACCGAAACACAUUUGUAAAUCAAUUACAGUUUAUUUGUAUAGUUGUAAUAUGCCAGUAUAUGGAGGAAGAGAUGGACAGAAGUUUUUUGUGUUUAUCUUUGAAACAUAAAGAAUCUGGAAAAAAAAUAAUGAUAAUAAUCUCAGUUUCCAGCAUCUUAAAGGCUUGUAUCUGUGUAUCUGUGCAUAAUAUGUAUAAACGAGGAACUGUGUGCCAACCUUCUAUGUAAGAACUUUAAAACAAUAAGUGUCAGACGUUGUUUUACUUCCCCCAAGUGGCCAAAAUGUGUCACAGCUUUUCACCAUUUUUUUUUAACACACGUGAAAUUGAUGAAUGUACAGAAAUCUCUGUUCCCAGCUUCAGUCAUGGUUUAGGCCACGACUGAUUGGUUCACAAAAGAUGCACAGCACAGCAAAGGAAAUACUGGCUCAGCUUUUCCCUUCUUCUCCUCUUUGUCCUCGAUGGUCUUGACGGCCUGUUGGACCUCCCCUUUUCCAUUGAUACAAAAACUUCCAGCUGAUUUUACACAGAUUCAACACAAGAGAGACUGACUGGUAAUCAGUGUUUCUAGGUGGACAAAGAGUGUAAAAUGAGGAGACCCUUGCACAACCUCAGAAUGACCAAGUUGAGGAAACAUGAGGCUCAAGUUUUCAGGUUUGUGUGCGUAAAUGAUAAAAGUCUAAAAAUGUAUGAUGACAUGGGUAGGAUGUAAAGUUAUUUUGUCAAUCAUAUUGCUUCCUAAACUAACACAUGAUUCAUUUUUUUAACAUAUGCAGUUAAUUGUCCGUGUAUUGGCUUUGACAGUUCAAAUAUAUUAAAGUGAUUUAAAUAAUGAUUAAA